AUGGCCACAGCGUUGCCUUAUCGACCGUCGAACGAUUCUCUCUCCACCUCAAAUCGCCAAACGACGGGGCUGCCCCGGCUCUCACCAGCCCCUUCCUUCAUCGGUCGAUCCCCCAGCAGCUCACAUGGAUCCUAUCGGCGUAUAUCUACAGAGCAUGGGGGCUCAUCCUUCAAACCCCGCCGCUGUAAGGCGCAAUACCCAUUAGACUCGCCUGAGCGCCAUGUGGAAUACAUUCUCGUUGCAUCCUUCCACAUUGAUCGGGGGCCGAUCAUGGAACAUCAGUACCCCGCUGCCAUCAGUGGUGAUGAGAGUAUGCUGGCAGAGCUAAUGCUGCCCGAUCAGACCCAUGUGCGGAGUCAGGACUGGACAAUGUUCUUCUUGCACAAGGACACCAGUGCCGACGAUGACACCGACUCGGUGGAUGGAAAGAAGAAAAAGCGGAAGUCAAAAUAUCGCGGGAACCAAGAUGGCGCUGGAACUCAAGAUGAGAACUCAGACGAAGCCUCUGAUGAUCAAGACAGCAGCGACGACGAGGGUGGUGAAGGGCCACCCUUGAUGUAUGUGCUAAAUCUGGUCAAUACAAAGCAAGACAACACGGUUCGGCGGUACGUCCACCAUAACUCCCACGAUGUGUUGUAUUGUGAGCUGACACCUAAUAGUGGUGCCGUGGUUAAGGCCAUGGCGAUCUGUACACGACACUCCUUCCUCCAUAUCUAUAAACCUCUACUUCUUCUGGCGCUGGAAGAUUACUUCAAAUCACCCUACCCCGAAACACUCGCAUCCCUCUACGACGCCGUUAAUGCUAUGGACCUCUCGUUAAUGCCGAAAAUGUCCAUAUUGGAGCGUCAUAUCCUGCAGUCUAGCAACACUAAAGAUAUGUUCCUGGAGAAGUUUGAACAAAUGAUUCGCCAGCGAGAGGAGGAAGAAAGCCAAGAAGGUGAAUGCCCGCCAUCACCCAAGAAAAUGAGCCGAUAUGUCCUACCUCGUGAUACACAUGAGUACGAGUCGAAAGUGGUCUACAAUGACAUCCCCAUUCCGGUCAAAAUCCCAACGGUGAUAUGGCCCGAGACAGUUGGAGACUUCUCACUUAUCAAGCUCGUUCAAACCUUUGCCGUGCCCCAUGCUACCUCCCCGCAAGCAUUUCAGGCUCAUCCUCAUCUAACCACCAGCGGCCCCUUCACACAUCCUAUUAUUGUACUCGUCAACGCCAUUCUUACCCAGAAGCGAGUUGUGUUCCUUGGACACAACCGGCCGUCAGGGGAGGUUGCUGAGGCAGUUCUGGCAGCCUGUGCCCUAGCGUCUGGGGGUAUUUUGCGCGGGUUCACACGUCAUGCGUUCCCUUACACAGAUCUAACUAAGAUCGACGACCUCCUCAAAGUCCCCGGAUUCAUCGCAGGAGUCACGAACCCGACUUUUGCUAACCACCCUGAAUGGUGGGAUAUCUUGUGCGACCUCCCAACCGGACGUAUCAAGAUCUCAACCCAUGUUGAGCCAGCUCCAGUGACAGAAGGUCUCCUCUUCUUCCAACAGCAGAACGCGCUUCUGCCAAACAACACGAACACAACCCAUGACCCAACAGGGGACACCCUUUUCAUGGAAGACAUCCUCCGCAGCAUUAGUCAACGCCAUGGCGAGAACGCCGUCCGUGCCAAAUGGCGCUCCUACAUCACUAAAUUCGUCCGUGUUGCAGCUGCCUUUGAGGAAGCCGUCUAUGGCGCCUCAAAUUUGUACAUCAUAGGACCCGGUGAAGAACUGUCACCAGAUAGUCCAACAGGACAUCAAAGUGACGCAGCAGAUCCAAGUUCUCUUCGCGGGCAUGGCUACGUCUGGACAGACGAAACCGCUAAACAGCGUGAGCUGUCGGCCUCCGUCUCUCGAAUUGAAGGAUGGCGCAAUACUCGCUCCUAUUACUCCUACAUCCAGGAUAUUGCCGCGAUGUACUUCCCUGCUCGCCCCAUCCAGCGCCCAGAUAUCACUCACCAUCACGACCGUCUGCGUGCGCUCAAACUUUCGCAUUCGGAAGCGGCCUCCAUCUACCUUGCUCUCUCUCAUGCGGUCAAGGACUACGCUGGAAUCUGCCAACUGCUGUGUGUUGCGCCGGAAAACCAGGCGGGUCUCUUCUAUAUCAGCAUGGGUCUCUUCCACCCUGAUCAAGUUGUUCGUGAAGCGACAGUCGAUUUACUAGACCGCAUCGCGGCUCAUCCGGCCGGGCGUCAUUUCUGGACUCAAGUCGGUCGCUUUGCGAAAUUGGGAUACAUCCGUGUGAAGAGAGAGCGGGAUGCUGCCGCGCAAAGUCCUAUCUCUGGUGCGGCUUCGCCUACGAUUGCAACUGGUGCGGGUACUAGUUUCGGUGGGGAGCCGCAGAGUUUGGUUGGUGUCGCCAUGGGUGGUAGUAUGUCGAGAAGGAGUUGA